CCAACCCGGUUUGAUAUUCCUUUCUUCAAGCCCUUCGCGUUUUAAACCCGACACAACAACUCCUCCUCCCGAUUUCCACGUCUUCACCUUCUUUGACCUUUGAAUUUGCGUAAUUUUCAAGUCUCCCUCCAUCUGCUCAGCCUCUGCGAUUUUUCUCUCUCUUUACAUUUUACCCAGGAGGUUUCGUAGAGAUUUCAGGAGGAGUCCAUAGUAGUGUUUUGGGUUUGGUAGAUUCUUGUUUGGAUUGAAAGAAAAUUAAAAGGGUAUGCUGAGAAUAUCUUUACGCGGCUGGAAUUGUCGUGGGUGAUGUUGCUUUUGAGCUGAUUAGGUUCUUAUCUGAUCUGGGUUUUUUCUGCUUCCCACCAUUCUUGCUGAUUCUUGGUCUGCUUUGAGAUGAGCUAAAUAACAGCUUUUUGAUGACUUCUCAAAGCAAUUUUGUUGUUGGAACUGAUGCAUAUUGGGAAGCAGCAUUAUGGCUGAUAGCAUUUCGACUUAUGGGCUGGCUUAGCAAAAUUUUCAAGGGCUCAAGCCACAAAGUUUCAGAGGGGCAAUAUGACUGGAAUGAUAGAUAUAGUGAAGAAGAAACAGUCGGGAAUGAACCUUCGACUUCAGGGGAUGCGGGUUCAGAGACCGAAGACAUAGAUCAUGCCAUUGCACUCUCCCUUUUGGAAGAAGAUCAUAAAAGGAAAAACGUUGUUGAUUAUGAAUCCCAAUUGAAAGAAGAUGAACAAAUUGCCAAAGCUCUACAGGAAAGCUGGAACAUUGAAUCUCCACCACGAUAUGGACCUGGAAAUGGCAAUGGCCAUGGCCAUGGCCGUGGAAAUGCGAAUGGAAAUGGAAAUGGCCGUGGAAAUGCGAAUGGAAAUGGAAAUGGGAAUGUGAGUGGCAGUGGCAGUGGGAGUUGGAAUGGGAAUGGAAAUAUUUAUCAACCUAUGUCUUACCCCUAUUCAACAGGGGUCAGAGUAUGUGCUGGUUGUAACACUGAGAUUGGUUACGGAAGAUUUCUCAAUUGCAUGAAUGCAGUUUGGCAUCCAGAAUGUUUCAGAUGCCAUGCCUGCAACCAACCAAUUUGUGAUUAUGAGUUUUCGCUGUCUGGGAAUUAUCCUUAUCACAAGUUUUGCUACAAGGAGAACUAUCACCCAAAAUGCGACGUUUGCAAACAUUUUAUACCAACAAACGCUGCUGGUCUUAUAGAAUAUAGAGCACAUCCUUUCUGGGUCCAGAAGUACUGCCCCUUUCAUGAACAUGACGGGACUCCUCGGUGCUGUAGCUGUGAGCGAAUGGAGCCAAGGGAAACAAAAUAUGUUGCACUGGAGGACGGUCGAAAGCUCUGUCUUGAGUGUCUGGACUCUGCAAUCAUGGACACUAAUCAGUGCCAACCCCUCUAUCUUGAUAUACAAGAAUUUUAUGAAGGAUUGAAUAUGAAAGUGGAGCAGCAGGUUCCCCUACUCUUGGUGGAGAGGCAAGCAUUGAAUGAAGCCAUGGAUGGUGAAAAGAGUGGCCAUCAUCACAUGCCUGAGACCAGAGGACUCUGCCUUUCCGAGGAGCAAACUGUUAGCACUAUUUUGAGGCGCCCAAAAAUUGGGGCAGGAAACAGGGUCAUGAAUAUGAUAACUGAGCCUUAUAAACUCAUCCGUCGUUGUGAGGUGACUGCAAUCCUGAUUUUAUAUGGCCUUCCUAGGUUGCUGACUGGUUCUAUCCUAGCCCACGAGAUGAUGCACGCAUGGCUUCGACUUCAAGGUUACCGAACACUAAGCCAAGAUGUCGAAGAAGGUAUCUGUCAGGUAUUAGCUCACUUGUGGUUAGAAUCUCAGAUCAUGUCCACAUCAGGCAGCAACGGUGCAUCAACCUCAUCAUCCGCUUCUGUUUCAAGAUCAUCGAAGCAGGGGACAAGAUCUCCGUUCGAGAGGAAACUAGGGGAUUUUUUCAAACACCAGAUUGAAUCAGACGCGUCUCCGGUUUACGGAAACGGGUUUAGAGCUGGUAACCAUGCUGUCCUCAAAUAUGGUCUCCGGAUGACCCUGGACCACAUUCGGCUUACAGGAGGUUUUCCUUAUUAAAGUUUUUGGUCUGGAUUUGAACGACCCUUGUGAUUGCAAUGACUGAGUGAAGUUUGGCCUCUUUACGUUAAAAUGCAAUAGAGUAGUUAUAGAACUUUUUUUUUUUGAUUUCUACAAAUUGUAGAUGCAGUCCUUUUACAUACAUUGAAAGAAAAUUAAUAAAAUCAUUCAUUGUUUUUCGAUUGA